CCAGUUCAGCUCGUCGUCGAGCCAGGUUAUGGUACCGAUAAAACCUUACAAAAAUUAGCUGAUGCUGGUGUGACUGUAUCACCCCGCUAUUUUAAGCUAUUACAACGUUUAACUGGACGCACGACACUUAAAGCCGGAGAUUAUAAGAUCACCGACCAGAUGAGUCCAAUGAGUUUACUCGAGAAAAUCUCCGAUGGCAAAGUUGACCCUACACAAAUUACGGUCAUCGAGGGCUGGACCUUUCAGCGCUUACGCGAUGCUUUAGCCAAGAACCCAAUUUUAAUCCACGAUACCAAAGACUUAAGCCAAGAACAAAUUUUAAAACUCGUCGGCAGCACACACACCCAUGCUGAAGGGCUUUUUUACCCAGCCACCUACGAUUUUAUCACCGGCGACAAAGAAUCCGAGAUUUUACAGCGCGCUUAUGACAAAAUGCAAAAAGAACUCCAAGUUGUUUGGGAUAACCGUGACAAAACUACAUCUUACAAAAACCCAUAUGAACUUUUGAUUAUGGCAUCGAUUAUUGAAAAAGAAGCUGGAACUCACGAAGAUCGUGCCUUAAUUAGCUCAGUUUUUAAUAAUCGUUUGCAAAAGGGCAUGAAAUUACAAACCGAUCCCUCGGUGAUUUACGGUAUCAAAAACUACGACGGCAAUAUUCGUAAACGCGAUUUAUUAACUGACACCCCCUAUAAUACAUACACCCGCAUGGGCUUACCGCCAACUCCAAUUGCCUUGCCUGGCAAAGCAGCUCUACAAGCAGCAGCUUUACCCGACAAAACCCACUAUCUUUAUUUUGUUGCAAGGGGCGAUAAAAGUAGUGCUUUUGCCCAAACCUUAGCUGAACACAACGCCAAUGUCCGUAAAUACCAGCAAAACCCCAAUCAACCCCUGACACGUCUCCAUGAGGAAACCAUGAAACCACGCGGCAAAAUGAUUAGCUUUGAAGGUAUUGAUGGCGCAGGAAAAAGCACCUUCAUGGCAUGGUUUGUCAAUGAGCUAGAACAUCGCCUAGCCAAACAACAUCGAUCACUCAUCCAAACCCGCGAACCAGGUGGUACACCCGUUGGGGAAAAUAUCCGUAACUUACUCUUAAACCAAUCCAUGCUACCCACCACAGAAGCUCUGCUCAUGUUUGCCGCCCGCCAAGAGCUUUUUAGUCGCGUUAUUUUACCUGCACUCACGCGCGGUGAUUGGGUGGUAUCAGACCGUUUUGUUGACGCGAGCUUUGCAUACCAAGGUGGUGGCAGAGGGCUAACUAAUCAUAAACUCGAGCAGCCCAAUGACUGGGUACUAGGCGACUUCCACCCCGAUUACACCAUCAUCUUU